GCUCUCGGGGCCCAUGGCCCGGUGCUGGUCGCACCAGCGCUGGCGGUGGCUCCUGACAGUAGCAGUGGUCCUCGUCUCGCGGCCCCUGUCCCCGGUCCGCGGCCAAAAACCAAGCGCCACCACCGCCAGCCUCGAACCGAGGACCACCAGGAGCACGCCACCAACUCCGGGAGUCGUGGUGUUUCUGCGCGAGCAGUGCGAAGGCCCUGGCUCGAACAUCACCCGGCUGAUCCUUGCCGCCGGGGGAGGCGACGCAGUUGGCGCGCUGCCGAGGACCGACACCUGCGACAAGCGUACCCUGGGCUUGGAAGCGCUCGUCAAUGCCAUGAGCCAGAAAAGCACGAGAGCCGUGGUUGCUCAGCUGGAUUAUAGUACCUGCGAGGCUGCCGCUGUGCUCGCCCACCUGUGGAAUAAAUCCCUCGUCACGUGGACUUGUCCGCAGAGAACCGAGGAGCCAAGGGUACUAGCCCCCGUCGUCAGAUUGUCGCCGUCACCAGUGGUCCUCGGCCGGGCGCUCGCUGAAAUCUUCGCCCACUACCGAUGGAGGACCACCUCCGUCAUUGGCCUCGUGGACUUGGCUAACGCGACCUGGUCAGGACUCGACGACGCGGUCACAGGGGCGUUGCGGUCGAUCGGGGUCGUACCGAGGCUUCGCGCCACUCUGCCCCACAACGCCAGUCCAAAGCAGAUACGCGCCACCCUGAGGCCCCUCAGGGCUGUCCCCUGUAGAGCAAUAAUCGUGUGCCUGCCGCUGGAAGGUGGCCUGCUGUCCCGGGUCCUCGUCGAGCUGGACGCGAUACAAGAGUCCCGAGCGCCGAGUCCCUUCGUCGUCGUCCUCCACCCCCUGGAGCCCCUUCCCUUUUUACCCCCGAGGCAAAACUACAACGAGGAGGAACCGACGAAUACCUCUUCCAAGACCACGAGUGAGGCGAGCGAGGAGGAGCGUUUCGUCCCACCCCGGGAUCUCCGGAGGAGGACCUUGGACCAUUUGCUGGUGAUCGCACCCUUCGACCGGAGGUACGACGUAGAGCGCGUGCUCGACGGCACCUCGGCGUACGAGCCACCCCGGACCCUCGACCACCUGCGCGAGGCCCUCGACUACCUGUCGGCCAACGGCCCCGAGUUCCACACCAUCAACGGCUACGGCAACAAAAUCUUCACCUACGGCCUCUUGGCUUACGACUCCCACUGGCGGCCGAUCGUCACCCUCGCCGAGGGUACCCACGGCCUCAUCCUCCAGGAGGUGGCUGGGCGCGCCGAGCUACUCACGGCCAAUGGGGACCUCGACGACGCGAUCUGCGACGACGCUGCCGACUGCUCCGUGGAAAAGGUCGGCGGUUUCUUGUCCCAGCACAACGUACACAUCCUGCUGGUGAGCCUCGGCUCCGUAGUUUUGGUGCUGUCGGUCUUGAUGGUCCUCGCCUUGGUCAGGAGACACCUGUUGAAGAAGCGCAUGUCGAAGGGCCCGUACAAGAUCAUCCUGACCGCGACGGACUUUGUCUUUCCCCAGAUCCCGGACUCCAGGCGGGGCGAUCUGGUCCAAUUGAAGCUGCUUCCCGUUCAAAGCACCUUCGAGCUCAAAAGCAAGGCGAUGGACCAACUCGUCGUCAUCCACGGGCUGCGCCACGAGAAUCUGAAUCCACUGAUUGGGUGUCUGACGGAGCCAAACAGGCCCUGCCUCGUCUACGAGUACUGCUCGAGGGGCUCCCUCGAGGACGUCCUCGUUCAGGACGAGAUCAAGCUGGACUGGUCGUUCCGGUUGUCCCUCCUGACCGACCUCGUUCGGGGCAUGAAGUACCUGCACAGCACCCCCAUACGAGUACACGGCUACCUGACCUCGCGCAACUGCGUCAUCGACGCCCGGUGGGUGCUCAAGGUCACGGAUUACGGGCUCCCGGCCUUCUACGAGGCCCAGAACAUACAGCCGGCACCUAAAACCGCACGCGAGCUCCUGUGGACGUCGCCCGAGCUACUUAGACAACCAGCCCAACUGAAGCGCGGCACCCAGCCUGGAGAUGUGUACAGCUUCGGCAUCAUCAUGCAGGAGGUUGUCGUGCGCGGCGAGCCCUUCUGCAUGCUCUCCUUCUCCCCCGAGGAAAUAAUCGAGAAGGUGAAGAAACCGCCGCCCCUGAUAAGGCCGUCGGUUAGCAAGGGAGCGGCGCCGCCCGAGGCCAUCAACAUAAUGCGCCAGUGCUGGGCCGAGAACGCGGACAUGCGGCCGGACUUCAACGCAGUGUACGACCUCUUCAAGAAGCUCAAUCACGGCAGGAAAGUGAAUUUCGUCGACACGAUGUUUCAAAUGUUGGAAAAGUACUCGAACAAUCUGGAGGAUCUGAUCCGGGAGAGGACCGAGCAGCUGGACAUGGAGAAAAAAAAGACGGAGCAGCUGCUCAACCGCAUGCUGCCGAGCUCCGUGGCCGAAAAAUUGAAGCUCGGGAUGCCGGUCGAUCCCGAGGAGUUUGCCGAGGUGACCAUCUACUUUUCGGACAUUGUCGGCUUCACCACCAUAUCCGCGUACUCGACGCCCUUCCAAGUGGUCGACCUCCUCAACGACCUCUACACGUGCUUCGACGCCACUAUAAACGCGUACAACGUGUACAAGGUGGAGACGAUAGGCGAUGCUUACAUGGUGGUGGCCGGGUGUCCCGUGAGGAUACCCGACCACGCGAGUCAGAUAGCCACGAUGGCCCUGGACCUGCUCCACCAGAGCGGCAAGUUCAAGCUCCGGCACCUGCCCGAGACCCCGUUGAAGCUCAGAAUCGGACUUCACACGGGUCCGUGCUGCGCCGGGGUGGUGGGUCUGACGAUGCCGAGGUACUGUUUGUUCGGGGACACCGUGAACACGGCCUCGAGGAUGGAGUCGACGGGGGCGCCUUGGCGCAUACACCUGAGCCAAGCUACGCGAGACAGGUUGAACCAAGUCGGGGGUUACCACAUCGAGUUUAGGGGCCACACGGAGAUCAAGGGCAAGGGACAGAUGCCCACGUACUGGCUCCUCGGCAAGCAGGGCUUCGACAAGGAGUUGCCCGUACCACCGCCCCUCGGGGAGGACUACGGACUCGACGAGAUCCUGAUCCACGAGACCCUCCACCCGACAACGAGCAAGAACCAGCCGGAGCAGCCGAGCACCUCCCCGCACGGCCAACUGGUCCCUACGGGUCACCUGCCGACCCUGCCGUCGAUAGACGACGAGAGCUCGGCCGAGGUGAGCAGCAGCGCAGCCAUACCCAUCACCUCGUCUACCACCACCCCAACGACGACUAUGGCGACGUUGACAGCGACCGGUCAGCAUCAGCACGCGUCGCCCAGGCAAUUCGCCAACAGCGAGCAGUCCUCGAUAGACAAGGGCUACACAGGUGAGGCGUCAUCCCGUCGCGUCGCAGUCUCGGUGCACGAAUGCUCCGUAGAGCCCGCCGAUAGAUCCACGCCCGACCACUCGAGCGCCAGCGUUACCAAGACCGCGUCCGGGGACAAUCCCAUGAUGCUGGGUACGGCCAUGUUUGUUUUGUCCAUUGUUCGGCCGGGUCGUGCAGGCACGCCGGUAUCGGCAACGGAGGUGGCAGCCGCGCUGCUCGGGGCCUCCUCGACGUCGAUAAACUCGGUGUCGAGCUCCGUCUUUAGGGGACGGCCCCGCCGAGUGGGUGUCAUAGACGAGGACGAUCUCAGCACGCCCUACAACUACUACAGGUGCCUCUCGCCCAACGAGCACAAUGGUGAGCGCCCCCCUUUCCCUUUUCCUAUAUAUAUGUUAUUGUAUACAAUCGAGUUUGGUAAGACUGGCUCUCAGUCAAGUAGAUACAGUCAAGAUUGGUAA